AUGCAGUACUUGUACGGUGGUAGCGUGCUCUCAACACCUGCAACUCACUGCGGCAGUGCACCGUGCGCUUUUGCUACUUCCGGAUUCUACUCGGAUUGGAGCCCCGAGAAAGCUUUCGAUCAAAGCAAUUAUGCAAUGUAUGGCAGUGGAUAUUGCAAUGAAGCCGGUGAUGGUUAUCCCCGAGGGGCUGGGUGGUUGGCGUACGACUUCGGAGUGCCGACACAAGUCGAUCAGGUCAAGAUUUGGUUUUGGAGAGGUGAUCACAGCGCGAGUGGGACGGCCUACAUGGAAGGCUCAAACGAUGCGGUCACAUGGACAACUUUGAAAACGAUUACAGACACUGAUUAUGCGACACUCGAUACGACCGUCGAUUGUGUUGCAUCGCCAAGUUCGGCGCCGACGCUGCUGAUGAAGCUGAGGGCUGGCUCCAAUACCUUCCAGUAUGACGCAAGCUAUUGGACCGACACUUCUGUGUUGAACGAAGCUGGCGGCGCUUCGGUCAGCGACUCUGACGACGAGGACGUCAAGAUGUCGGCAUUCAACACAGACCCGAUCUCCGCCCUGACGUUGUGCUACAAGACGCUGGACAACUGCUACACGUACGAGCUGGGCGCGACGUACACCAGCGCAAGCGCUCUCUUCAGCUCGGGAUUCAUCCGCAGCGAAAAUCUGGGUUAUGGCGCUGGAGCCGCCGACGCAGCGAAGCAGGCCUGGACAGAUCUGUUUUUGCCGCCGGGGACCCCGACCUGGUACGACGACUAUUGGAACGGGAACGGAGGCGGCAAUUGCAAUAUGCAGCGGCCAGGGAUCAACACCCAGUGCAAUGACAACAACUGGGCCCGCAUCGGGUACUGCGUGAACCUCCCUGACCAGAGCUGCCAGCCAUAUGAUACCAGCGACGCCGACUCUCCUAUUGGGAUCGGGCUGAAGACGCAGAAUUGGCCCAACAAUGUCAAUGCCCCUUUCGGGGAAUACUUCAUACACGGCGCUGGGUCGUCUGGCGUGCAGCUCUUCCAACACCAAGCAUGGCUUUUCGCAGGAUCGGCUACUACCGCGGCUUCCCCAACGCCCUCUCCGACGCCCUUCCCGACGGCCUUCCCGACGCCCUACCCGACGACCCGGUUUUCCCAACGCCUUACCCAACGCCGAGCCCGACGCCCAGCCCAACGUAUCCUGUCGGUUGGCCGACGCCGCAUCCGACGUUUCCUCCGGGGGCUGCCAUGGCGGGCGGAGCCGGCGGAGCGGCUGCCACUGGCGACCCCCACCUGCAGAACGUUCACGGUGAGCGGUUCGAUUUAA